CAUGCGAAAGGGCAUUUGAUUAAAUAACAAAGUCCAUGUUAUAGACAGUAUGCCAUAUUGGAUAAAUCAUAAUAGAGGAUAUCAUGCUCCGGGAAAAAGGGUUACAGUCUCUUAGUUAAAGCAAGUUACUGCAAGCUUGAAACAUAUGCAUAAGGUUUUUCUCUGCCAUGAUGAAAACUCCUUUAGACUCUACAGUAAAGGAUUUCUUGCAGUAUAGCGCCUGCUAUUUGAUUUGAGGGAAAUGUAACUUUAUCCUUGCAAUCAGCUUAGAAAUUGCGAAAAUGGUGUUCAAAUUUGGCAACAGAAAACGAAAGUACUUCCGAAGACUGAUAUUACCAGUGGCAAAAUCAUUGCCAUUCAUAUUAUACCACUUUUGAUGAUGCGCUUUCACAAGGUAAAGCCUUUAGCUUAUCUUCAACUAUUGCAGACCUUCAAUGGGAAGAAUGUGCUUUCUCAGGUUAAACAAUUCCACAAUGUCAUUACUCACAGGGUAUUUGCUAAACCGACUACUUUUCGGAAUAAACUAAUCAAUAUGUAUGUCAAGUGCGAUAAUUUAGUGGAUGCCCGUAAACUGUUUGACGGAAUGACAGAACGAGAUGUCUCCUCGUGGAAUACCAUAAUUGCAGGUUACAAAAGACAUGGCUGUCCUCACGAGACAUUGACACUGUUGUAUGAAAUGCAACAAACAGGUGUCAAACCUGAUCAGUUUACCUUUGCUACCAUACUACCGGCCUGUGCCAAAUUAAGAGCGCUGGAACAGGGUAUAGACAUCCAUCAGAACAUAGUGGAAAGGGGGUUUUUGUCAGAUGUAGUAAUUGCAAGUGCCCUGGUAGACAUGUAUGCAAAAUGCGGAAACAUUCGCAAGGCACGUCAGUUGUUCGACAAAAUGCCUGGAAGAAAUGUAAUAUCAUGGAAUGCGAUGAUUGUAGGAUAUACACAAAAUGGUCUUUUUGAUGAAGCUUCAAGGCUUUUUAACGAAAUGCCUCAACCAGACAUUAUUUCAUGGAAUGCCAUGAUUGCAGGAUAUGCACAAAAUGGGUUUGCUGAAAAAGCCUAUGAGACAUUUAAGAAUAUGGAAUUGGCAGGUUUAGAGCCAAACUCCACAACCUUUGUCAGCAUCAUCCCAGCCUGUGCUAAGAUGGGAGCUUUGGAACAUGGUAUGGACAUCCAUCAAAGGGUUAUCGAAGGUGGAUUUUUGUCAGAUGCGAUAGUUGCUAAUGCCCUGAUAGACAUGUACGCAAAAUGUGGAAGCGUGCACAAGGCACGCCAGCUUUUUGACAAAAUGCCUCAAAGGGAUGUAGUGUCAUGGACUGAAGUCAUUGCAGGAUAUGCACAAAAUGGACAUGUUGAAAAAGCCUUGGAAACUUUUAAGCAAAUGCGAUUGGCUGGUGUAAAACCAGAUUCCACAACGUUUGCCAGCGUUCUCUCUGCCUGUGCCAAAAUAAAAGCUUUAGAACAGGGUAUGGACAUCCAUCAACGCAUAAUCGAAAAUGGAUUAUUAUCAGAUGUAGUAGUUGGGAAUGCCCUGAUAGACAUGUAUGCAAAAUGUGGAAGGAUACAAAAGGCACAUGAACUGUUUGAUGAAAUUCCUCGGCAAGAUGUGUUCUCAUGGAAUGCACUGAUUUCAGUAUAUGCACAAAGUGGUGUUCUUGACCAAGGUUUACGACUUUUAAAAAACAUGCCUCACCCAGAUGUAGUCUCAUGGAAUGCCAUGGUUGCAGGAUAUACACAAAAUGGGUUUGCUGAAAAGGCCUUGGAAACAUUUGAUCAAAUGCAAUUGACUGGCUUAAAGCCAAACUCCGCAACCUUUGUCAGCAUCCUCCCAGCCUGUGCUAAAAUGGGAGCUUUAGAACAGGGCAUCCACAUCCAUCAAACCAUCAUUGAAAGUGGACUUCUUGCAGAUGUCAAAAUUGUGAACGCCCUCAUAGACAUGUAUGCAAAAUGUGGAAGCAUACACAAGGCACGUGAAUUGUUUGACAGAAUGCCCCACAGAAAUGUGGUUUCAUGGACUGCAAUGAUCGUAGGAUAUGCACAAAAUGGCUUUUGCAAGGAUGCUCUCAAAAUCUUUGAACUAAUGAAGCACUCUGGAACAUACCUUGACAAUGUAAGCUUUGCUUGUGUUUUAUUUGCCUGCAGCCAUGCAGGCUUAGUUGAUGAGGGAUGUGAAUACUUCAAUUGCAUGAUUGAUUCUUAUUGCAAUAUGCCUAUGAUUGAUCAUUAUGUGUGCAUGGUUGACCUUCUUGGCCGUGCUGGCUUUCUUGAGGAAUCCCUAAACUUUAUUAUCAAAAUGCCAAUUAAACCUAUGGUGGUUGUGUGGAUGUGUUUACUUGGUGCCUGUAGAUUACAUAAGAAUAUAGGGUUAGGAACAUGUAUGGCAACUCUACUCCUUGAGAUGGAUCCUAAAAAUGCUCCAACUCAUGUUCUACUGUCAAACAUGUAUGCAGAAGUGGGUAGGUGGGGUGAGGUUCAAAAGGUAAGGAGAUUGAUGAAAGAUAGAAGAAUUGAAAAGAUACCUGGUUGCAGUUGGAUUGAAGGUCAUAAAAUGGUACAUGCUUUUUGUGUAGGAGAUAGAUCACAUCCACAGACACAGGAGAUCUAUGCAACGAUAGAGAAACUGUCUUGGAAGAUGAAGGAAGCAGGACACAUUCCAGAUUCGAGACAUGUACUGAAUGAUGUGGAGGAGGAGGAAAAAGAAUUAUUCCUCUGGCACCAUAGUGAGAAGUUGGCAAUUGCAUUUGGAUUGUUAAACACACCACCUGGAACAACUAUUAGAAUUGUCAAGAACCUUCGAGUAUGCGUUGAUUGCCACACUGCAGCUAAGUUUAUCUCCAAGAUUGUUGUUAGACAAAUUGUUGUAAGAGAUGCAAACCGGUUCCAUCAUUUCAAACAAGGGCAAUGCUCUUGUGGAGAUUAUUGGUGAUGCUAAGUGAACAUGCCCAUAAAUAUAGGCUUGCCUUAUAAGAUGCACCAUGUUAGCCUUGCAUGAGAAAGAAGGAAUCAGGUUUUAUUUUCGGUUUCGCAGAAGUUAUUUUUUCUAAGUGUUUGGAGAUCUAGACCAUGCCCUUGACUUCAGAAAAUCAGAUGUAUAGUAUGCAAUGCGCAUAUAUUGAUGGCCUAUUUGUUAAAGCCCUGUUUUAUGAUACCAUGGAGGUGUCACAACAUCGAACUAAUUUUUCAGGAAUCCUGCACAACUCUGGAAAGAUGCUUAACCUUAACCAGGAGGUAGUGUGAAAAAGGACUUACAUUCUUUAAAAUUCUUAAAAGUUGUUUACUACAACAUUGUCAUUUCAUAUUGUCCUUUCCUGAUCUUUUUUCCUUGAUGAAUUGUAUCUUCUCGUGAGAAUGCCAGGUCUGUCAUUCGGGAUUAAAUUACUCAUACCAGUUUAUGUAUAAAUGGAUUUCUGAUAUUUGUCUC